AUGCUUGAAAAAUUUCGUGGAACACUUUAUGGAGUUUUAGUGGGCGAUUGCUUCGGUGCAUUGUUUCAAGAGAGCUCAAUUUUAUCGAAAGGUUCGCGUCUGGUGCUGCGUAAAUUUCUUGAUAACUUGGAAAAUGGGACUGGUAGUGUGGGUCUUCGCAAAUCGUACACAGACGACACGGCGCUCACUUUGGCCGUCGCACGAACAAUAAAUGCUUGUAAACAAAUCGAUCAAAAAAUCUUGGCCAUUAAUUUCGUAAAUGAAUUUUAUAAGAAUGUCUACCGAGGAUUUGACGCUUCUUUGAUUGAUAUAUUCGCAAAACUCAAGCACACCAAUUUCGAAGAUGUUUUAUUUCCGGCAAAAGAGACCUUGAACAUUGACUCGGGUGGCAACAGCUGUGCCAUGUACGUUGCACCAAUUGCGUUAAUCUGCACUAGAGACGAAACUCGAAAUUUAAAUGAUCAAGUACAAAAAGCAACGACUUUGACUCACCUUCAUGAAAUGGCUGUGAAUGGAGCGAUUCUUCAAGCGAACGCUAUAAAUAUCCUCGUUAAGGACGGCAAAAAGUUUAAUAUUGAUCAUUUUUUGGAUGAAAUCCUUGAUUCAAUGGAGACAAACUCUACAUCGGGCGAUGGACCUUCGUUCAGAGAACAAUUGCAUGGGGUCAAGAAGCUGCUGAAUGUUACAAAUCCAUCAGAAGAAAGAGUGGUGAAUGUUCUUGGUCAUAGCUCGCAAGCGUUAUACUCUGUACCGACGGCAAUUUAUUGCUUUUUACGCGGUGUAAAAAACCAAAGCGAUACAAAUCCAUUUCGAGAAGCCAUCGAGUACUCGAUUACGCUGGGCGGACACGCAAAUACAAUCACAAGUAUGACUGGUGCACUAUGUGGUGCCUAUUACGGAGACGCUGUCAUAUCCGAAAAUAUGCUGAAACAAUGCGAAGGAUUUAAUGAAGUCAAAGCGAUUAGUGAAGAUUUGUACAAAGUUUUGUAAAUUUGAAACAACCCAUGUAUAGUCAAUAUAGACUAGUCUUGUAGACUGAAAAUGUUUAUUAGAAAAAAAACCCAUUAAAAAUGACAAUAUAAAUAAAUUAAGGCGAA